UCAACGGAAAGAGCCAAAGAUAAGUGCCACCUGUCAGUGCCCAUCAUAACCAGCUGUCAGUGCUCAUUAAUGCCACCUGCCAGUGCCCAUCAGUGCCUCAUCAAUGCCACAUAUCAGUGCCUACCAGUGCACAUCAAUGCCACAUAUCAGUGCCCAUCUGAGCUGUCUUUCAGUGUCACCUAUCAGUGCCAGUCAGUGCCACCUAUCAAUGCCAGUCAGUGCCACCUAUCAGUGUGCACCAGUGCCGCCUAUAAGUGCCCUUCAGUGUCGCCUAACAGUGCCAGUCAGUGCCACCUAUCAGUGCCAGUCAGU